AUGAAACCGAGCGCCGACUUGAACCUUCCCACGGCCAUGUGUCGCAACUGGGCGAUCGCCUUCGUGACGGGCUUCGCGAAGGGGCUCAUCAUCAUGAUCUUUGGCGCCAUCUUCGAGUGCGGGGCAUGCGAGCUGCGGCCAGGCGCUAUCUUCGAGUUCGGCAUGUGGCGCGUCCGCACGAGCGACGCGGCGCUGCCCGGCGCGCCCGAGGCGUCCUCUGACCCGCACGAGUGCGCGGGGUCGCUGGACCUGUCUGGAAGCGACGCCGCGACGGACGCCAGCAAGGCCAGCGCGGCCGCCGCCGCCUACUUCAAGCGCGUCGAUCGCCCCUCCUUGCUCGACCCUACCAGCGACAAGGGCGGCACUCUCCCCAGCGUCACCGGCGCGAUCGAGGUUGUCGACGUCGUCUUUGCGUACCCCACCCGCCCCGACUUCACCAUCUGCCACGGCUACUCCCUCUCGAUCGGCGCGGGGCAGACGGUGGCGCUGUGCGGCCCGCCCGGCAGCGGCAAGUCGACUCUCGUCGCGCUGCUCGAGCGCUUCUACGACCCGCAGGGCGGCGCGAUCACCCUCGACGGCGUCGACAUCCGCACGCUCAACCUGCGCUGGCUCCGCUCCCAGCUGGGGCUGGUGGGGCAGGAGCCGGUGCUCUUCGAGGGCACCGUCGCCGAGAACAUUGGCUAUGGCAAGGAGGGCGCCUCGCAAGACGAGAUCGAGGAGGCGGCGCGGGCGGCGAACGCGCACGGCUUUGUGAUGGACAGCCUCCCCGACGGCUACGCCACGCAGCCUGCGGUGCUGCUGCUUGACGAGGCGACGUCGGCGCUGGAUAACGAGAGCGAGCGGGUGGUGCAGGCGGCGCUGGACAGUAUCGUGUCGCAGCACAAGCGGACGACGGUCACCAUCGCACACCGCCUCUCGACAAUCAAGAACGCGGACAAGAUCGCGGUGCUGCGCAAGGGCGCGGUCAUCGAGCAGGGGACGCACGAGGAGCUGCUCGAGCUGGGCGGCACCUACCUCGCCCUGUGGGAGGCGCAGCAGUGA